CAAAGAGCAAGAAGGACGGAAGUAAACGCGCGGCUACCCGAUGUAAACAGGAAUUAACGAGCUAAUCAGACAUGUCCAUUGUUUUUGUCCCAAAGAAGCUCCGAGGCAAGGCAAAAAUCAACCAAGAGACGAUACAGAGGCUACUGGAUGAAAACGAUCAGCUGAUAAGAUGCAUCACUGAGUACAUGCAGAAAGGACGCGCCGUGGAGUGUGUGCAGUACCAGCAGAUUCUCCACCGGAACAUCGUCUAUCUGGCAACCAUAGCGGACGCCAGCCCUGAUGACACACCGCCCAUCACAAACUGUUCAUCCAGCGACGCCUCAACAGCUGCUCCGACCGGACGCCCAGACCCUCCAUGAUAGUUUUCACAUUAGACGAUUUUUAUUAUGAAUAUUCUAGUAUAUAAUUCAUCCGUUCCUGCUUUUUCUGUAAUUUACAGAUGAGAUGUACAAUAAAAAGUAUUUGUGUAAAUCUGAAUGUAGGAUGAUUAAACAACUCUUUGCGUUUCCAAUUGC